AUGUCAUCCGACGGCAGUGUACGAACCUCCAGCGCGGCCAAGUCCAAACAAGAAAGAAUUCGCGAUAACCAGAGGCGUAGUCGCGCUCGCCGCCAGGAAUACCUGGCUGAGCUUGAAAGGCGAUUGAGCGAGUGCAACAUUACUUCUCGAGAGGCUGAAUUGCAGCGAACUGCUAUCGUGGAUCUCCAAUCUGAAAAUUCUCGCCUGAGAGCAUUACUUGAUUUCGCAGGCGUGAGUCCUGAAGUCGUUGACAGUUUCGGUCGCGAAGCCAACCAACAAAACCGAACGUAUCCACCGACAGCCUCGCUUCGACAUUUAAAACCCAAAUACGCUUCUCCAGACUUUGCCAUAGGUCAAAGCAGCCUCACGGGAUCAUACCAGGAGCAAAGUCCUAGUCCGACUGUCCAACCUCCUACACAACUGGGGUAUCCAACAGUUCGUAAUACAUCCGAGACCUACGCGAUACUCCCAGAUCAAGCCUCAUACAGCGCCCUCGGGUCAUCAACACCAGUUCCCAGAACACACCAUCAACCUAGCAGUGCCCUACAUUCAACUACCUAUGAAUGGCUCGAUAAUUCUAAUACUGGGGGGAUUCCCACACCCAAUGAAGGCACCUUCAACAAUUCAUAUCAAGCACCCCCAAGGGAAAAUCAUUUCUACGAGCCUCUCCAUACUCUAAGUCCUCUCUCCAAAGCUAUGCUGGAUCGAUAUAGCCCUAAUCCUGCCGAAAUGGAGGAAAUCAGAAGACGAAUCUCAAUGGCGUAUGGACAUCCUAAGGCAUUGUCCCAUGAAUUUCAAGUCCAUGAUCAUGUUCUUCUGCAGAUUCUCAACGACAUGAAUGCAAAAGCUCCGGAACAAUGA